GCUCUGACUGAGCGCUGCUCUCAUGCUGCUGCUGCUGCUGCGGAGAGCGACAUCAGCCCUGCGGACCUCCACACAGCACUCAGCCCGCAGAGCCGCCGCGCAGACCCCCCGCUCACCCGCACUCCGCGCCCCGCUCUCCCUCUCAGCCUGCCUGGGCAAGAAACAGAAGACGAGCCAGUGGCUGGAGCUUUCUGAAGGUCAAAACAUGGACGGAAACAUCGAGGAGAUCCUGGCUCCCCUGAGACAGGCGGUGAAAGAGCAGGGUGAGCUGGUUCGUCAGAUGAAAUCAGAGAACGCCCCAGAUGUGGAUGUGACCAAAGCUGUGGCAGAGCUCAAGGCUCGGAAGAGGAUACUUGAGGCCAAGGAACUUUCCCUGCAGCCCAAAGAUGAUAUCGUGGAUAGGACUAAAAUGGAGGAUACGCUGAAGAGACGGUUCUUUUAUGACCAAGCCUUUUCCAUUUAUGGGGGUGUCAGUGGCCUAUAUGAUUUUGGACCUGUUGGCUGUGCGCUCAAGAACAACAUUCUGCAGGCGUGGAGGCAGCACUUCAUCCAGGAAGAGCAGAUCCUGGAGAUUGACUGCACCAUGUUGACCCCUGAGCCGGUCCUCAAGACAUCAGGGCACGUGGACAAAUUUGCAGACUACAUGGUGAAAGAUGUCAAGAACGGAGAGUGCUUUCGUGCUGACCAUCUUCUGAAAGCUCACCUUCAGAAGCUGAUGAGUGACAAGAAAUGCUCUGCAGACAAGAAGAGUGAAAUGGAUGGAGUCAUCACUCAGAUGGACAACUACACUCAGCAGGAGUUGGCUGAUCUGUUUGUGCAAUACAACGUGAAGUCACCCACCACAGGAAACGACCUCACUCCACCCAUCUUAUUCAACCUGAUGUUCCAAACCUCCAUUGGACCUGGAGGGAACAUGACAGGCUAUCUGAGGCCUGAAACUGCUCAGGGAAUCUUCCUUAACUUCAAACGUCUGUUGGAGUUCAACCAGGGCAAGCUACCGUUCGCAGCUGCUCAGAUUGGAAACUCCUUCAGAAAUGAAAUCUCUCCUCGCUCAGGCCUUAUUCGUGUCAGAGAGUUUACAAUGGCUGAGAUUGAGCACUUUGUUGAUCCGAACGAAAAGGUUCAUUCCAAAUUCUCCAAUGUUGCUGACCUGGAAAUCAUGCUGUACUCCUCCAAAGCUCAGACCAGCGGACAGUCAGCCCAGGUCAUGAGGCUGGGGGAUGCAGUGGAGCAGGGAAUUAUCAACAACUCUGUUCUGGGCUACUUCAUUGGUAGGAUCUACCUCUACCUGAUCAAAGUCGGUGUGAGCAAGGACAAACUGCGCUUCCGGCAGCAUAUGGACAAUGAGAUGGCCCAUUACGCCUGUGAUUGCUGGGAUGCUGAGACCAAAACCUCCUACGGCUGGAUCGAAAUUGUGGGGUGUGCUGACCGAUCUUGCUAUGAUCUGUUGUGCCAUGCACGAGCUACCAGGGUCCCCUUGGUUGCUGAGAAACCUCUGAAGGAACCCAAAGUUGUAAAUGUUGUCCAGUUUGAGCCAAACAAAGGAGCCAUUGGCAAGUCCUACAAAAAAGAGGCUAAGUUGGUGAUGGAGUUCCUUGCUGCUUGUGAUGAAUGCUACAUCACAGACCAGGAGAAGCUGCUUACUGAGAAUGGAGAAUUCACCAUCGAGACUGAUGGCAAAACCUUCAAACUCACAAAGGACAUGGUGAACAUCAAGAGGUUCCAGAAGACCUUGCAUGUUGAAGAGGUUGUCCCCAACGUUAUUGAGCCAUCCUUCGGUAUCGGAAGAAUCAUGUACUCUAUUUUUGAGCACACAUUCCGCAUUAGAGAGGGCGAUGAACAAAGAACGUUUUUCAGUUUCCCAGCCACUGUAGCCCCCUACAAAUGUUCCGUCCUUCCACUUAGCCAAAAUCAGGAAUUCAUGCCGUUUGUGCGGGAGCUGUCUGAAUCCAUGACCAAAUACGGCGUUUCCCACAAGGUGGACGAUUCCUCAGGGUCCAUUGGGAGGCGCUACGCCAGAACGGAUGAGAUUGGUGUGGCCUUUGGCAUCACUAUCGAUUUCGACACGGUCAACAAGACACCCCACACGGCCACUCUCAGAGACCGAGACUCCAUGAGGCAGAUCCGGGCUGAGGUUCAAGAGUUGCCUGAAAUCGUCCGAGACCUUGCCAAUGGUGUCACCACGUGGGCUGAAGUUGAGAGCAAAUAUCCCAUCUUUGAAGGCCAGGAGACCAGCAAGAAGGACACCGUGGAAGAGUAAAUUUGCCCUGGCUUCCACCUUCCUGCCUCCUGCACUCGGGGCUGCCAUGGACAUUUUUACACUUUGCACCCAUAGGAACAAUUUUAUUGCAUACAAACGAUCAACGUGCAUCAGACACUGUUUGUGAUCUGCACAGUUACAACCAUCUUAUCAGGAAAAAAAAUCUAUCAGUAAUCCUUACUGCAGAGGAGGUUUAUAGAUGUCUGCUCCUGUCAGGGUUCAAAGAAGCUUCUUGCUCUUAUAAAGGGGACGUAUUUUAAAAGGGAUAACUGUAAUUUGGUCACUGUGUUUUGAGGAGAGGUUCUCACCAUUUAAGAAGUUUGGUAACUCUGGAAUGCAUCUUCGGUUCAAUAAAUCAAGCCAGCACUUUCUGGACCUGCAA